AUGCAAAUCAACAACAGCACUUCCUUUUACUCAUCUUUGUUUAUUUCGGGUCUGAUAGUUUUAAUCUAUCUUUUGUCAUGCCCCUACAAUAAAGUUGAGGAAUCUUUUAAUAUUCAAGCUAUUCACGAUAUUGUAUACCACAGGAAUAAUAUAUCGCAGUAUGAUCACAUGGAAUUCUCUGGACCCGUUCCACGAACAUUUUUAGGACCAUUAUUCCUAGCUUUACCUUGGUUGUUUCUGCCUCCUAUUAUACCCAAGGCUACAUUGCAGUUCAUCGGUGAGCUUUGUUCAUGUAAUCGUAUAAUUUAUGUAGUUCGUGCUGUUCUCGGUCUUCUCCUUCUUCAUGCUAUGGGCAAAUUAGGCUCAGCUUUUAGGGAGCGAUUGCGCCUCCUAUUCUGCUCCCGCUUUCUACUUAUAACUUAUACACAAUUUCACUUGGCGUUCUAUUCCACAAGAACUUUACCGAAUAUAUUUGCUUUGAUCACUGUGAUUAGUCAUAUAUACCGUCUCGGUGCACUGCGUACCACUUUAGAGAAAAACAUAUGUGCAUUUCGAAAAAAAUGUGUGUAUCACUUGAGUUUGUGUGCAUGCUGUUCAAUUUUAUGA